AUCAGUUCUGUGUGAGUGAAGUCUAUUUGCGGAAGUUAAAAUAAACGGAAACUGUGGUCGUGCAUACUGUGCGACGAGGGCCGUACAGAAAACUGACAGCUCUGUUUACAGUACAAUAUGGUUUAGAAAACAGUGCAAAUCGAACGAUUUCUUAUGGAAUACUAACUAAAAUAAUAUGUCAAUUUAAAUAACUGCUACGCGGUAGCUACCGGAUAUGACUGGUUGUCCAUGCAAUAUUCUGGGAACAGAAGGGUCUUCACGUUGUGUAACACCAGACUGACCUUGCUUUUUUAAAUGAAAUACUUGGAGCUUGUUGCACAAGCACUGCAGCUGUGAAGUUGAGCAAUGUCUUGGUUCGGAGGAUUAUCUGUGACAGGAUAGGGGACUGUAUAGGAUUUAACCUCGAAUUCAGUAUGGCUACAGAAGCAACAGUUAACAGCACUGCUUCCCCUGGACUGCCAACACCAGCUCGCAAAGAAUAUUACUGGCUUCGCUCUUUUGCAGCAGGAGGUAUUGCAGGAUGUUGUGCCAAGACAACCAUUGCACCUUUGGACAGGGUGAAGAUUUUAUUACAGGCUCAUAAUCCCCACUAUAAAGAUCUAGGAGUUUUCGCCACUCUCUGCUCUGUUCCACAGAAGGAAGGCUACCUUGGACUGUACAAAGGAAAUGGAGCCAUGAUGGUUCGGAUCUUCCCUUAUGGAGCCAUUCAGUUUAUGGCAUUUGACCAAUACAAAAAGUUACUGAGCAAAAAGUUAGGCAUAUCUGGACAUGUUCACCGGUUAAUGGCUGGAUCUAUGGCAGGAAUCACAGCAGUCAUUUGCACAUACCCACUGGAUGUCAUUAGAGUGCGGCUUGCAUUUCAAGUAAAAGGGCAUCACAGAUACACUGGGAUUAUCCAUGCUUUCCAGACCAUUUACAAAAGCGAAGGGGGUGUCUCAGGAUUUUAUAGAGGACUAAUGCCUACCGUCAUAGGAAUGGCCCCUUAUGCAGGGUUUUCAUUUUUCACCUUCGGGACAUUGAAAAGCCUUGGACUUUCCCAUGCACCCACCCUCCUUGGAAGACCUUCUUCAGAUAACCCUGAGGUCUUAGUGUUGAAAACGCAUGUCAACCUGCUUUGUGGUGGAAUAGCAGGAGCAAUAGCGCAGACGAUAUCCUAUCCACUGGAUGUAGCACGACGUCGGAUGCAGUUGGGAUCAAUCCUGCCAGAUUCUAAGAAAUGUCUUACAUUGUCCAACACCCUGAAGCACGUGUACACCACAUAUGGAGUGAAGAAAGGGCUGUACCGUGGGCUUUCCCUGAACUACAUCCGCUGUAUACCCUCCCAGGCUGUUGCUUUUACCACCUAUGAGUUUAUGAAGCAGACCUUACACCUCAACUGAGGACACAUUCUGUGAUAUACCCAGCACAAAAUACAUGUUUUUAAAUAAGUCAGUGAAAUAUCUACUAACAAAAUCAACGGUUUCACAAACAUAUAAAAAGUUUUACAACAAUUGCUGAUGAUCAGUGAUAAGGCUGCCACCAGCUGUUAAAAAGAAAACUGUAAUUUACAGCCUUAAAUCGUGGUUUAAAAAGCCAGUUUAAUUAAUGUCCUGUUGCAUAGCUUUUUUAAAUCAAUCUAUUUUUCUAUUAUUUGUUGUUUUAUUGUGAUUGAUUUGUUUUCACAAGGAAGCAAAUAGAUGUUUGAGUAUUCUUUUGAAAUAUUCUUUAAAAAUUCUAAUGAAAAAAGUGAAUGUUCUUUUUUUAAUUAACUGGAAAAAAGUAGCAGAUGUUUUUUGAGUAGAGGCAGUAAACCUGAACCCUGUAUCCCACUUAAUUACAAACUCACUUUCUAUAAUAGAAAGCAUUUUAUUUAUUUUCUGAUGUUAACACUUUUACCAGUGUAACACCACUAGCAAGAAAGCUUACUUCACAAAAAGCUUUUUUUAAUGUUAUCUUUAUACUAAUGUUUUGCCGAUGAAUACAUUUCAAGCAAUUGUUUGAAUAUUUAUUUCGGCACAUCAAAAAAACACUUACCUGUGCAUAAAGUAAACAUUAAUGGCUAAUGCCUAAAGAUAUGGUGAACAAUACAGCUUUUUCUUUGUUAUUUAAGAAAACUGUUGGACCUUCUGCUGCAGUAAAGUAGCAGAAGCAACACUAUUUGACUUAGUGGUAAGUAGCUUUCAAGGAGGAGGAAGCUUGUGCCCUUACAGCUGAAACUACCUGUAAGGACCUAAACAAACUAGAAUGGCAACAAGGUCUGAAAAGUGUAAAUGUAAUUUGACUGAAUAGCAGUGCAAGUGUUCUCUUUGUUUGUUUGUGACUUGGCUUGUUUACAGAUUAUUCUUUUUUUAAAUCACCGUAAAUAGGCAUCUCCUGUAAAUCCCCUUCUUCAGCAGCUCGGAUCUGAUCUCAUGUUUUGGAAAUUCAUUGGCAAAAUGUAUCCAGCACCCGUAUUGUAGGUCUGCGACUUUCUGAUUAGAGAUCAGAAGCUUUCAGUGAUUCUCAAGGUAAGGUUUGAUUGUGUUUUCGUGCAAUUAAGUAGUAUUUUUUAUAAAGCUGCUGCUGCACAGUCUGUGGUUGUCAAUGUCAUUUUUUUAGUGAUCUGCAUGAUAGAAAAUGCACACUUCAGAAAUACUGGAUCUAGUUUAAUGAUUCAAACAGAGGUGGGAAUUAUUAUCUUCCUUUUACUUUACAUAGUGUAAGUCCCACUGAUGUUUUCCUGCAGGGGUGAUUGAUUGACUCCCUUGUCACUAAAUACAAUACAAUACAAAAGAACACCUUUCUAUAAGGCUGGUUGUAUUAAGAUCCUUGAAAUAGACCUCAUUGUCUUUGUAUUUGAUACACAUUUGUAUUCUUUGAUUCUCACUCUAGUUUCUUUUAAUGUACUGGUGCAUUGUUUUAACCUCUCUUUCCACUGGGGAUGCACUGCUUUUGUUCACAAGUACACCAAUGUGUCAUUUUAGUAUUGUAUUGGAAGAUUUACAUUUUAAAACCAUAGUAGUGAAUAAAGAAGUAGGGAAAAGCUAAUUUAGUUUAAAUAUUAUAAUAUAUAUAUUUGGUUAUUUAUAAUUGUUAUUUUUGUGGUUGUGACCUUAAAGCUUCUAUACAUACACGCAUACUCGCUGAAUGGAGUGUAAAUAGAAUAGCAUAAACUUACACAUUUCAUUUAGUAACUGACUUCUUCCUCUCUUGACCGUAAGAUUCUAGAGUCACCGCAAGGUCUUCCAAUAAUAUUUUCCCAUUUGGUUUGUAACGGAGACGUAUCCAAGUGUUAAAAACCUUAUGCAAUUUUUCUUCUGGAGUUUGUGAUUCUUCUGAUCAGGUUCUUAACAACAGAGAACAGGCCAUUCUUUUCUUUCUUUUUUUUAAACUUGUUUUCUUACUACACUUAUUACGUGGUUACCUUAUAUUCAGAAUAAUGGGGUCUAUAUUCUUUCACAAGAAACACUGAAAGUCAUUUCUGCUGCUGGAAAUGUUUUUAUUUUAUUUUUUUUAUUAUUAUUUCUCAAUAGUUGCAUUUAAUAUCAAAUGUUUUCAACUCAGCAUUUAUCAUGCAUCAUUUUUCAAUUCUGAAAGUAUUUAAUAGGAGUUGAAGAACAUUUUUUAAAUUUUUUGUGAGGAAAUAUAUUACUAUUAAUAAAGUUGUAGUGCACUGUGUGCACAUAGUACUGCUGUGAUGUGUAGUUGGUCUUUUAGAGAACGCAAUCAUAUAUAUUGUUUAACCUGAAUCUAUUGUACUUUGUACUUUUUAUCUAUGCUAAUUUGUAGCAGUGAUGACGAAUUCUAAGUCUAAAUAGUACUGUGAAUGUUUUGGUGUGGUACUGAGGAAAAUAACUAUAUUAGACAUGAUAACAUUAUUGUUUAAAAUUUGCAAAUACAAAGCUAUGCCUGGUAGUACUAUUCUAUUCUAUAUACAUGAGUCCUUCUGAUACAUUUUCCAUGUGUGGUUUCUUGGGUUGAAGGCACGUCAUUUAUUUUCCCCUGGUUUUCUUUGUGGGAGUAGUGUCUUUGAAAAAACGGACAUUGUUAUUUUAAAAACAAAAUGUAUGUGGUUUGAAUAAAUGUGUGGGCUUUUCAAAUGUG